AUGGGAACCUUUAUCGGUCAUGUGUACCCGGGGCUGUUUCUAUUUUCAUACGGACUGUAUCAGGCAAUAGUGGUCUCCAAAGCUGUGAUAUUCAAUGACUCUCGCCCGAAUCCUUCAUGUCCUCCAAGAAAUAAGGGAAGAUGGGCCAAGCUGUGGGAAAUAUCCUACCGAGGUUUGUUGAAAAUAGUGACCGGCUCCAUCUUGAUAGCUUAUGAGAACAGUUGCAUUAAAGGAGGGUUGGUCCUGAUGAACAGGGAAAUGCCACCGAGAUUUAUGCUCCCCAAACAGUGGCAGCACCUCACCAUGUUCAUCCUCCUCACCCUCAAUGGCUGUGUAGAUGUCACGAGCAAGAACUUGCUGCCUCAGAGGUGUGUGCUCCUAGAAAAAGGUGCCCUGGUCCUGAUCUUCUACGUGCUCCUGAUGCUGUUGGUGUCACAUGUUCAAGAUUCGACAGGGGUGGAACUGCAGGUUCACUCUCUACUCAUCUUGGUGGUGUUCCUGCUGAUGCUGGUGUUCACUGUUGAGCUGUGGACUCCCAAUGCAUUUCACCUCUCAAUGAUUGAGACCUUCCUGUUUCUGAUGAUGGGCUCCUGGCUGAUGCAGGCAGGCUUUAUUCUGUACAGACCAGUCACCGGCUACCCAUGGCAGGAUGAUGACAUCAGUGACAUCAUGUUUGUCACUACCUUCUUCUGCUGGCAUGUGAUGAUCAAUGCUUUGUGCCUGUUAGGAAUCUAUGGCGUUUUUUCCUUUUGGCAUCAUUGUUACAGUCCCAGGUCGAAGCUGACAGGAUCCAAAAAAGCUCCAUAUUAUGCCAACACUGAAGGACCCGUCUACCACUUGCUGCCAGAAGUGGAGCAGUCAGAGAAAGACGACCAGGCUCUUCUCCUCCCAGAGAGCUCACCCUGA